AUGGGUAUCGACUUGGACCGUCAUCAUGUUCGGAACAGCCACCGGAAGGCGCCCAAGAGCGACAACCCCUACCUUAAGCUCUUGGUGAAGCUUUACCGCUUCCUUGCCCGCCGUACCGACUCCGACUUCAACAAGGCUGUCCUCCGUCGCCUUUUUAUGUCCAAGAUCAACCGUCCCCCCGUGUCGCUGUCGCGCAUUGUCGCCAACGCCGCCAGCAGACAGGCCGGUGAGACCCACAAGGGCAAGACCGUUGUUGUUGUCGGCACUGUCACCGAUGACAACCGUCUCUUGACGAUCCCCAAGCUCUCCGUUGCUGCCCUCCGCUUCACCACCACCGCCCGUGCCCGGAUCGAGGCUGCCGGUGGUGAGACUUUGACCUUGGACCAGCUCGCUCAACGUGCCCCCACCGGUGCCAACACCCUCCUCCUUAGAGGCCCCAAGAACGCCCGUGAGGCUGUCAAGCACUUCGGUUUCGGCCCCCACAGCCACAAGAAACCCUACGUCGAGAGCAAGGGUCGGAAGUUCGAGCGUGCUCGUGGCCGGAGACGGUCGCGGGGUUUCAAGGUCUAAGCGACGACUUCAGUCGGAGGAAAGCCGUUGUCUUGACCUUGCUAGGAGGCGUUGGGACAGGGAAGGUUAUGAUUCUUUUCAUACUUGCUUAUCGAGACUCGGAAAGGACAAGUUCCCAUGUACCCAGACUAGCAGCUAUGAAUUCAAAAUGUUGUCCGAUGUCGGUCCUACAAAUAUUCUCCAUUCCGCUGAUCCGAUACCUGUGACCGCCCAUUGAGAAGUGCUAUCGAUCGCAUACAAAGACC